CUUUGAACAUAUCGCACCAUAAACGUGUAGAAGUGUGUUUGUAUAUUGAAGCAAACAUUUUUUUCUGCUCUUUUCUUGGAAUUCAGCACAUCUAGCUCUCUCGCUCGCACUUUUAAUAGCAAAUUGCGAGAGAACCUUACACAAUUUGCAUGAAGUAAGCAGUAUCAUUUGUUUGACAUUCCUAUAUAAACGGAGCGCACGACGCAAUUCGGUGAGAUAAUUUAUAGAAAUCGAUUGGACAUUCACACUCAGUUGUUUAGUUGAUCUCGUAAAAAUUGGACAGUUCCAUUCUCCCAUAAGAGUGAAGUGACCGUAUUUAGAAUAUGGCAAUAAUAAAAAGUUUAAGUUUCAUCGUAUUUCUAGCAAUAAUGCCGAGUUUCAAUGUGGCCCACACUCACGAUUGUUAUUACGAUGAGCCAACAGAACACGUCGAAUAUAUUUGUGACGGUCCCAUUGGUGAACACUUCAAUCAAAGAACAUACAAAAUUUUGUACUGUCACAACUACGAUUCAGAAAUCCACCGAAGUGCAAUCAAAUCGUUGGGCUUUCGCAAUUGUUUGAUUUCUGAAAUGACGUCGACGUCGGUCAACCUAUGGGAUUUCGAUAGUUUGCGUGUCCUAAACAUAUCAUACUUUGGAUUCAAAACAUUACCGGAUUAUUUGCUCCGCGAUAAUAUCCAGUUGGAACGAUUUAUUGUGAGUCACAACCGAUUGACCGAGGUGCCGGUGAUUUUAUUCGAUACCACACCGGAGAUAACUGAAGUGGAUUUUUCAUUCAACGAAUUCAACCAAAUCUAUCCACUGCUGUUUGAUAACACACGGAAAUUACGGGUGGCCAAUUUCUCAUUCAACAUGAUUGACAUGGUCAAAGCACCAGCUUUCUCAAACCUACGAGAAUUAGAGACUUUGGACUUGAGCAGCAACAACAUUGAUGCGGUCAAUUCAGAUCUAUUUGCAUACAACAAAAAACUGAAGACUUUGAACUUGAACGACAACCAAGUGAAGCGAUUGGACUGUGAAUUUUUAGCCACUUUGGCCGAAAAUGAUGCGUUGGAUAUUUUCAUCAACACACUGGAAGAAGUUCAGACAACAUGCGAUAGCGGUGAAAAACACUUUGAUUUGGAUAUCGUCGUCUCACCAAAGGAAUCAUCAACACGUUUGCAUGUAUCGGAUGGUCAAUUCAAGUGGAUUUUCAGCGAAAUCGAAUUCAUCAAAUUACGCCGAUUGAGCCUAUCGAAUGGUCAAAUCAAAAGUUCCAUCGAAAUUAUUGACGACGACAUCAACAUUGACGAAUCAAAUCUGAUUAUGUGGCAAUUGAACGCAAUCGAAUAUUUAUUAGCUUUUAUGGUAUUAAUUCUCAUUUUCGUGUGUGUCUUUUUCAUUGCAGCCACAUGCAGUCGCAACCGAAAUUAUAACAAAAACCUAUCGAUUUUCUCCGUUGAACAAAGUUUGAUGCGCAACGAUAAUAAUCAAUAUCAAAAAAUUAAAUCACAACAAUUUUGUUGAGACACCAAUGGUGAGUCUGGCUCACCAGUCAGUCAUAAUUAAUGUCAAGUAGUCAGAAAUUGUUUUAGGUUUUUGUGUUUACCGAUAAUAAUUAUGGUCUUUUGCUGUUUUACACUUAAUUGCGGUCAGAAUUAUUAAUAAUAAUUGGAAUGUCGCGUUCAGUAUGCUGAUUUUCAGAGGGAUAAUAUAAAAUGUAACAAAGAAAUGGAUUUUAAUAAAAUUUCUACCGCACAAAAAACAAGAGAAAAGAAUUAAAAAAAAACAAAAAUGGAAAA